CUUUAGUUCUGAAUAAUGCCGCUGCCAGGAUGUGUCGCACGGUUCGAACAACAAGGCCAACAAGAAUUAUCGUUAACACACGCAAGUACACAGAUAUUGCGUCACACAAUGGGCGGCUCAGAGGAUGUGAAGUGGCUCGGAUCAGAAGUGACUGUAGCCCUAAUAUUUGGACUAAUUGCGUGUCUGUACACUGCCUAUCGUUACAUAACUGGGAAUAAUGAUUAUUUCACCAAACGUAACGUGCCAUAUAUCAAACCGACCUUCUUUUUCGGCAGUGUCAAGUCUCUUGUUUUGAGGAGAACGUCGCUGUGUGACCAUGUGAUUGCGGUGUAUAACCAGCUAGACGGACAUAAGAUUGCGGGUAUGUUUGAUUUCUUGCGACCGUCGUAUGUGGUGCGGGACCCCGAACUGAUCAAGUACAUCACAGUCAAGGAUUUUGAUCAUUUUGUUGAUGUGCCCAUCAUUAUACCAGAAGAUGCUGAACCCAUACUCACAAAAGGCCUGCAAAGCCUUAAAGGUCAAAAGUGGAAGGACAUGAGAAGUACACUAAGUCCAGCUUUCACAUCCAGCAAGAUGAAGAUUUUGUUCACUGUGGUGUCAGAAACUGGCCAGCAGUUGACAACACACUUGGAGAACUGUUACAGACAACAACAAGCUACAGCUAAACAUGAAUCAAUGAGUGAACCUUCAGAUGUACUUUCACUGGAGUUGAAGGAGCUGUUCACAAAGUACACAAAUGAUGUGAUUGCUACUGCAGCUUUUGGGAUCCAAUGCAACACUUUGGAGAACCCAGACAAUGAAUUCUACAAAAUGGGAAAGGAAUUUAAUAACAUCUCUCUUCUGAGAAUUAUUAUUUUUAUUGCAUACUCAUACAUACCAAAAGUUAUGAAGAUGCUAGGUGCGCGUUUGGUACCAAAGAAAACGGCUGAUUUCUUCCGAACACUAGUGAGAGAGACCAUAAAGUUUCGAGAACAAGAAGGAAUAAUCCGACCUGACAUGAUCCAUCUCCUGAUGCAGGUGCGACAGGAUAAUCUGUGGGAAGAUGGGAGCUCAAGUGAUGUGAACCUAGAAUCACAGAAUACUAGCACACAGGAUAUCACCAGAAGCACCAAAAUUAGUCUAGACACUGAUGACAUUGCAGCCCAGGCACUGGUUUUCUUCUCAGCUGGCUUUGAAGCUGUAGCCACUCUGCUCAGCUUCUCCACACUCCUGCUUGCUGUGCACCAGGACAUUCAGAAUCAGGCUAGGGAAGAGGUGGACAAGGUGCUAGCUGAGCAUGGAGGUCAAGUCACAUAUGAGGCAGUUCAGAGCAUCAAAUAUCUGGACAAUAUACUCUCAGAGACACUACGAAUAUAUCCUCCUGCACCAUUAAUUAGCCGGAAGUGCGUGAAAGAAUAUCAGGUACCUGGAAGUGAUCUCAAGAUAGAGAAAGAUUCCUCAGUGAUGGUGCCUAUAGUGGGGCUGCAUUAUGACUCAAACUACUUCCCCAAUCCUGAAACAUUUAAUCCAGAUCGAUUCAGCGAAGAUAACAAGCACAGUAUACAACCAUUUACCUACAUGCCAUUUGGAUCAGGUCCCAGGCACUGUAUAGCAAAUCGCUUUGCCCUGAUGGAGACCAAAACAGCACUGGUACACUUGCUAAGCCAUUUUGAGCUUCACACCACUUCAAAGACACAGUUACCACUACGACUUGUAAAAGGCUUAAAAAUGGCUCCUGAGGGUGAUUUCUGGUGUGGUUUCAAACUUCGAAAACCAAUCUCCAAUGUUACAUCUAGUGAGCAUGACUAAUCUACUGGAAGAAAUGUUCAUGUAUUCCUGUUUAUUAUCACUGCUACUUUGCGCUUUUGAGCAGUGACACUGGAUUAUAUUGGAUGCCACAUCCUUUUUAAUUGUAGGGCAUUAUCUAUUCAUAAGAACUUUCUGAAUGUUAAAUGAUGGACUUGUCAGAUCACUUUUGGCACAGUAAAAAUACAGACAACAUAUAAAAAUAAAAUUAUUAUUAUUACACCAGAAAUUAACCCAUCUUUUAACAUUACUAUGAAAGAAUUGUAUUUCAAAUAAAAAAUAUUCAACCUCA